CUUGCUUUACUCUUUCCUCUUCUCGUUCUCCUACUCUUGCAUUAUCUCUUCCCGCUCCCCUUACAGACCGGUUAUUCACUCAGGCCCUAGACACGCUGUUGAGGUGGAUUAUUGAAUGACUGACUUCACAUAUCAGUCAACCUAAAAAAACAUCGUAGCAGACUCAUCUUUUUCUUUUAAUUAUUGUGAUCAGUAUUUGAAAUAAUUUAUAUCUUUCUAAAUAACAAGAAGAUUGUUUUAGAUGAUAGCUAGACUGAACAGCGAUUAUUUUAAUUAAAAAAAAAAAAAGAAAGAAACACAGGCCCUUGAGUGGAUUUCAUCAUCUGUAGUGUUCUACCAACAACUCGUACUGUCUUCACCUUACAUUGAAUCAUUCAUACUUAACUACGAGUAUUUUUUGUGCCUCCUUUGGUUUCUGACGACUGCAAAACGUUAUGAAACUGCUAUCUCAUCUUUUCAGUUACUAUUUCAUUUUAACAUUUCUAACAUUAUUCAUCUUUCUUCAAGCUACAUCAGCUGUUACACCCGAGUGUGAUUCGAAUAAAUUCAACUGCGACGAUGGGACGUGUAUUGCGUUGAAUGCAUUAUGUGACAGCUUCGAAGACUGUGAUAAUGGAUCGGACGAACACAAUUGUUUUAACGCUACGUGUGGACCCACAGAGUCUUCUUGUGACAAUGGACAGUGCAUUCCGCAAAAAUGGGUUUGUGAUGAAGAAAUAGAUUGUAAUGAUCGAUCUGAUGAAAACCCUAAAACAUGUGCUGAACGAAAAUGUGCAGAUGAUCAUUUCUCUUGUGAAAAUGGUUUGUGUAUCACAGUUGACUGGCUGUGUGAUGGACAAAAUGAUUGCCCGAAUGGAUUAGAUGAAAAAGACUGUGUUCAAGACAAGUGUCUUCCGAAGGAAUUUCGCUGUAGCAAUGGUGACUGUAUCAACAGUGGAUGGGUUUGUGAUGGAGAAAAUGAUUGUGCAGAUGAGUCAGAUGAAAAAGGCUGCGAACCUCAUACAUGCCAGCCUGAUGAAUUUGAGUGCGACACUCAUACUUGUUUAAAUCCAAGCUGGAUAUGUGAUGGCGACAAAGACUGUUCUGACAAUGCUGAUGAAAGUAACUGUACUACAAUCAACAAUGAAUGUACAAGUCUGGAUUUUAUUUGCAAAAAUGAAAUUUGUAUCACUAAAUCCUGGAAGUGUGAUGGGGAUGAGGACUGUCUAGAUGGAAGUGAUGAAGUCAAUUGUACGCACACUUGUGAUAAUGACCAUUUUCUUUGUGAAGAAUCAAAAGAAUGUCUUCAUAAAUUACUUAAGUGUGAUGGUUCUGUUGAUUGCGAAAGUGGUUCUGAUGAAAAAGAUUGUGGCUCCUCAGAAAAUACGUGUACAGAUAGAACAUUUGAUUGCUAUGGCGAUAAAAAGAAAUGUAUUCCAUGGAAUAAAGUGUGUGAUUUCCGUAACGAUUGUGGCAACUGGCAAGAUGAGAACGAUGAUUUUUGUCUGGAAAAAUACCCCUGCAAAGAUGAUAAUGGUGGAUGUCAACAACAGUGCAUUUCUUUGCGUCAUAUGCACCGCUGUGAUUGUUUCACUGGUUUCAAGCUUGUUGGCAACUCCACUUGUCAGGAUGUAGAUGAAUGUGAAAUCUUUGGAACUUGUUCCCAAUUAUGUGAAAACCAUGUUGGCUCCUACAAAUGUAGUUGUCUACAAGGUUAUGAGUUGCACGAUCGAAAUUCUUGCAAGACAGUUGGUCCUCGGCCUUGGUUGAUUGUGUCAAAUAAAGCUGAUGUGCGUAAAUUACAGCUUGGAACCCAUAAAUACAAACUAAUACAUUCAAAAAGUGACAAUGCCAUUGCUCUUGACUUUGACUAUGCAGAAGGGAUGGUUUACUGGACUGACAUUACUCAAGAAAAAAUUUUGAGAGCUCCAUUUGAUGCUGAUGAUGCAGUGAAUUCAUCGGAAACAGUUAUUGGAACUGGCCUAAAACAUCCAGAUGGCUUGGCUGUUGACUGGAUCCACCACAAUAUCUACUGGACUGAUACAGGAUUGACAAAAAUUUUUGUAGCAAAUAAAUCAGGGCAUCAUGUUAAAACAUUGAUAGAUCAGGAACUUCGUGAACCAAGAGCUAUAGCUGUUGAUCCUAAAAGAGGUUGGUUUUAUUGGACUGAUUGGGGAUAUCCAGCUUCAAUUCAAAUGUGUGGCAUGAAUGGGAAAUAUUCACGAAAAAUUGUAGUAAAUAUCCAGUGGCCAAAUGGUUUAACAAUAGAUUAUGAAAAUCAAAGAUUAUAUUGGAUUGAUGCCAAGUUAAGAAAAAUUGAAAGCUCUAAUCUAAAUGGAGGUCAGCGUAUAACUAUUCUCAGCAGCCGAAGAUAUAUUUUGUUCCCUUUUGCUAUAACUGUUUUUGAGGACACUCUGUAUUGGACUGAUCGUAACAGUGAAUCAAUUUGCCAAGCAAAUAAAUUUACUGGAGAACAUUUUGAAAGAUUAGGGCUACAACUUCGUGAACCAAUGGACUUACAUGUUUAUCAUCAUACACGACAACCUUCAUCUACAAGUCACUGUGGCCCCAAUAAUGGUGGAUGUGCACAUCUAUGUUUGCCCGACCCUCGCGACGAUGGACAUACAACUUACUCAUGUGUCUGUGCUGAUGGCUAUUUAUCAUUAAGAAACGGACGUGAAUGUGUUCGCCAAGAGCCUUAUGAUAUUGCUGCUAACAGUUCAACUGUACUGACUAAAUCUAAUGUUUCUCUUACAUCUAAUACUACUACUACUACUCCUAUUAAAAUAAACGAUUCCACUACUGUUACUAUUCCUCCUCCUACCACCACUUCUAUUACUACUUCCCAUCCUAUUAAAGAAAAUAACACCCACAUCCAACCAGCUGCUGCUGUUACUAACAUCUCUACUCUCUCUAAUGAUUCAGGCAAAGCCAUUCAACCUGUUACGAAUCCAUCACAUACAACAACUUCAAAGUCACAAGGUAUUCCACCCAGUACUCGCUCACCUGUUCAAUCAAGUACAAUUACUCCAACAACACAUGGUGAUAAUCAGUCAAAUUCUGAUUCAUCAAUCACUCAAGUAUCAACAGGAAAUAGCUUAAAUCAAACAACUCUUGUUGUUAUUCAAAAACCCAAAGAAACUGGCAAAAUCACAGGAAUUGUUACAACAGUUCUGAUUUUAAUAUUGAUUAUAUUAAUUGUGAUUACUUACGUCUCGUACAAAGCCUAUCGUAAGAAACGAACAAAGCACAUGAACUUUGACAAUCCUGUCUACCGAAAGACAACUGAAGACCGAAUUAUGUUGGAGAAAAACACACCAAAUCAACUUCCAGCGACUCUACAGCCGCUGACCGCUUGAUGGACGGGUAAUGUGGUUUUAGUCUUCCUAGUAAUUGCUAUGUUUCAUAUUGGAUGUCUUCAACAGGGACAUUUCCUAUUACAUCUCUAGCAUCCCUGUAGAAACCUGCUCAAGUCCAGUGACAACAACAAUCUGCUAUGCUGAACUAUUAAUGGAUCAUUCUCUUACACAACACCUCUGGGUUGGUUCCUCCUUCUUUCUUGCAUACCAACAACAUUGUUAUAUUGGCUCCACUGCAUUCAUACUAAACAACUACACAUUUAUAAUAUACAACUAUUUUAUAAUUAGCUCCUCUACAACUGUGUAGUCUUACUUUAUUCAGAUUUUUUAAAGAAUAUUUUAAAAUAUUUUUAAGCAUUUAUUGCAGUAACUUAACAUAUUUUAUUUUAGGAUUUCAUAAUUGUAUGUGUGUGUGUUUGUGUAUGUGUCAGCAAUUAAUACUAAUUAAUUUUAGCAAAAUUUCUUAAUUAUUUGGUGUUGUAUCAACUUGAAUCAAUAUUUCUGUUAUCACUUCUCUCAUUUUAUUUUCUCUUUCUUUUUUAACCCAUCACACACACAAAUAUCUUUUACACAAACAAUUUACUUGUUUUUUCUAGAAUUCAUUAACGGUUUCAUUUUCAAGUUUUGUCUUCUCAAUUUUAGCUUAUCUUCUAUGUCUUAUUAAUAUUUGCUUUAUCGUUCAGAUGUUUAGUGUCACUUAAUAGUGUUAUAAUUAGGUAACUGUGUAAUUAAUAGUAGAUACCUCAACAGUUAGUAAGCUUAUAAUUAAACUCAUUGAAAACUACCCAUUAUAAACUCUGUCUCAAGUAUCUAUGCUUGUUGUUUUUUAAUAUUUAUUUUUGUUACAUAAAAUAUUUAUGUAGUUUAAAUUCUUCAUAAGCUAUAGUUUAAAAUCAAAAAGAUGUGGAUAAAUUAAGUAAAUCAAUGAAAGCAAUUAAAACUAAUUUCUAUUUUAAAUUCUUUGAUUUCGUUGAAGUGUUUUGUCAUUUUUAGUGAGGAACACUAAACCAAGUCUCAAAACAAUUUAUUCUACAAUAUUUCCAUUUUAUCUUCAAAAUCAUUGCUAACAAAUUUAUCAAAGCUUUUCAAUCAUCUUACAAAUUAUCUGUAAAAGACUUUUAAACUGUUGUUGAUGUUGUUAUUAUUAUUUGUUAAACAAGUGUAAGUUGAUCCACGAGGUUUUCUCUGUGUGUGUGUGUGCGCGCACAAAUCCACACAAGUAAAAUGGAAGCAUGUCUAUGUUGUUGUUUCAUCCUCAGAUCUGUCUUGUUUGAGCAGAACUAUGAACAAAGAUGUUCCAGCUGUGACCAUCACACUUUACUUGAAGAGUGUAUCUAGGAAUACAUCAUCCCUAUGUUUCCUUUUCAUUUUAAGAUGAUGGGGUAUGAUAUGAGGGAGAUGUGGCUAAUAUUUCUAGCAGAUUGACUGCCUCCCCCUACCACCACCUCACUGACUCGUGUAUACAAGUAGACUUUCAUGUUAGCCAGGUGAUGCGUAAAUUUUUGUAUUUUUUUCCCUUUGCUGCAUCCAACUUUCCCUCAAAACACAAACAUGUCCACCAACAAGAAAUCCAUUCUUAAACUUCUUUUCUAUACAGAUGCUGACGAUCUUCUUCCUCAGGUUUUUUUUAUUAUCAAAUUAGAGUAAUUUAAUUCUAACUAAUUGAUUAUUAGGUUAAUUAUAGACUCUUACUGUUGCUGUCACUUUUUGAAGUGUUCACUUUUCUUGGACACCAAAUAGCUUUCCUGAGUUUUCUAAGAAUCUACUCAGUUUGUGUUGACUCAAAAUACAGAAUCUAUUCUGGUGGAAAUGUAUGUUUGUGUGUGUGUGUAGGAAUCCCAUUUUGAUUUCAACUGGGCUCAGCAUAUAAAUGGGUUUGGAAGCUGAUGGAUUCCUGUCACUGAGAAAUUCCAUAUAUUUGGACGUAGGAGUUUAUAUGUUUAUGUAGGCUUCAACUGUGUCUGGUUUAAUUCAGACUUUUAGAUGCUGCAAACAACUUGCAUUGGGAAUAAAAAUGUAAUUUAGUUUCACGUCAAUGUUCCAUUUGUAUUUGAAAUAAUUUAAUGGCAGUGCCCCAGUAUGGCUACAACCAAUAAUAGAAUAAAUAAAAACUCACAAAAGAAAGCAGUAUAGCAAUGUUGGCAAGGGUGACCAUUUUCAUUAAAUAAUUUUUAAUUGAUAACUUAUUAAUUUCUCCCAGGAAAUUUUAGCUGUGACUGAAAUGGCUGCAAAUUGAAGUUUUUUCUUUCUGUUUUGCUGCUGUAGGUUUAUCUUGCUGCAUUAAUCUAAGUUAUUUAUUAAAAGAACUGAAAACAUCUUCAGAAUAGAUUUUUCAUUUUCUGAAUCCCUGUUGAAAAAAAUUAAUGGCAGACUUGGAGUGAAAAUCAGUGUUCAGGUUUUACAAACUUUGGUGAAAUCUCAAGAAUUAGUGUGUUAGAAUAAGAAUGAAAUUGAGUAAUGAGUUUGUAGCAAAUUCUUAAAUAGGAGAAUACAGGUGGGGGAAGGGGACUGUUUAUUGACAUUGCAUGGUUCAAGAGUUAUAGAAACCUUUGGAAUGGUUGAGAUGCAUUAAUUCAGUCAUCCAUUGGUGAGGAGUCUUUUAUCUUAAAACAGGUGAAAGCACCAAGAACUGAAGCUCUGUUCUGAUUGAUUUAGAGGAAGAUUUCCUAAAGACUCCAUUUCUCUUGAAACAGGAAGACUUAAAUAUUUCUUUGUUUUAACAGACCAAUAGUCCAGCCUCUUGUCAAUUUCAACUCUUCUAAAUAGAUGUUGUAACCAGAGAUCUUUAGUGCUACCUUUCCUUUAAAUUUCGGUCAGAUGUUAUAGCUUAAAGAAGGAUCUUUGACAUAAGAAUUUUCUCUCUCUUAUGUGACUACUGACUUCUGUGGAAUAAUGUACCUCCUAAAAAUAUUGAUGGAAUCAUUGCUUCCCUUCCAAUUUUAGAAUUAUUCUCUUUGCUCAGGAUAACCCACUAAACUUGACAUUAGGCAGAUUGUGCAUAAAAACAUCACAUGAAGGUGUUGUUUACCUGCCAAAAUCUGUGGAAUCUAUUUCUUCUCAGCUUUCAACAAUGGUAAAAUAAAAUCAGUUGGAAUCAGUGGACAUGGCAGGGAAAGCAGUGCUUAUAGAAGAAUGAAAUUCUUCCUGCCUGUUCUCAUUUUAUCUAUUUUCUUUGAUGUGUGUAGGUCUACAAAUUUACUUGUGAGAUAAAACAAUUAUCUCUACUUCGUCUUCUUUCCUCAUUUACUUAACGUCAACUCUCUCGGCUUUCUCUUUCCUUUGCUUCAUUUUUUUGUUUCUUAACAUCAAUCAUUUUUUUUCCCUUCAUGUUGGCAAAGUUGAUGCUUUGCAACCAAAUUACAUCACUAACCAAUAGUGUGUGUGUGUGUGUGUACACACCCUACUGUUGUGAUAUCUUUUAAAUGUAAAUAAAGACAAUGAUUUAUGUAUAAUACUUGGCUUACUACAAUGUAUCUAUAUUUCAUAUCUUCACUAGGAUUAUAUAUAUAUAUAUAUGUGUGUGUGUGUGUCUAUAUAUAUAUACAUGUGUGUAUAUACAUGUAUAUGUGUUUGCGUGUAUAUAUAUAUAUAUAUAUAUAUGCACACAUAUACAUAUAUAUAAAUUAUUUUUAAAAGAUACUUUUUUAAUUCUUAUUUAUGAUUUUUUUUUCCUGUCAAAUUUAAAUCUGAGCUUUUGCUUUUGUAACAUAAUUCAAACCAUUAAUAGCACAUAAAAUAGAUGUAUAAAUUCCUGUAAUAUAAACUUUAAACACACAUAUAUAGAUUUCACUAAAUAUAUAUGUGUGUGUGUGUGUGUGUGUAUUUUUAUUUAAACUGUUUGUCGAUAUAUGUAUAUAAAGUAUCUCUACAAUCAAACUGUUUCUGCCAACAAGCAUUUCUAAAUGGAUUUUACAAUUUUACACAGAAAAUAGAAAAAAAAGAAAAAGGGAAUUAUAUCUUAAUUUUGUUUUAGCCUAAGUUUUCUCAGUUCUGCAUAAUAAUCAAAUGAUACAUCUCUUAGUGUAAUGUUUCCAUUUAUAUUUUUUUUUAAAUCCUUUUGUUGCUAUAUAUUUCUGUUGAAAUAACAAAGAAUUUAAUAAAACAAUUCUGUUGUUAUUAAGCUGGUAUUUGAAACAACAUGAAGUUUGUAUCUUUGUCCCAAGAGCAUUCUUGGACUGAUUUGUAUCAGAAGGGUUAAUUUAGCUUUUUUCUCUUUUGCUUUCAAAAUACUGGAAUUUUAAAUAGAAAAGUUUUUGUUUCAUAAUUGUAAAUUGUACAGAAGUGAAAAAAAAUUGUCUAGUCUUUUAACCAAUUUUAAUUUGUAUAGAAACUUCAGAAUAAAUAUGGUUUUAAUUUAUGUCGUAAGGAAACUUUUAACUUAUAAUUCUUUUCCUGAUGGCUUGAUGCUAUCAAUUUCCUGGUAGUAAUGACAGCCAGAUUGCAUUUCAUUUUAAGGAAGAAAGCAGGGGACCAAUUUUUUUUUUUUGAAUAAAGUUUGUCAUUUUACUGCUGAAGUUUUGAAAGGAAUUUGAGAAAAAUUUCUAUAAAAACAAACAGAAAUCAGUUGGAUUUCUAUUAGAAGUAUUUUAUGGUGGGGUGUUUUUUCCUUUCAUAUUUUGUAAUAUGAAACAAAACAGAAUCUGGUUUUCUUCCCCCUCUCUCCCUAAUAGUUAAGUUCAUUAUCUCUUUUUUUUUUUUAAAUCUAAAAUAUUUCUUGAAACAUUCUACUUUCUGAAUUUUUUCUUUUAAAACUAUCAAGUUCUUCCUUUUUGUAAGAUAAAAAAAAAAAAAGGCAGCUGUGUUGUAAUUUUAACAAAAAGGAAGCAAUCUCAAUUAAGUGUUUUUGUUAUUUUAUUUAUUUAUUUAUUGUAAAAUUUUUAAAAGUCAUGCCACAACUGAUGUUUAUAUUGUGAAGCUGAACUCUGGCAAUAUUUGUCAACACUAUUGUAUAUUUUUCGUGUAUUAUGGACAUUAUGGAGGAUUGCUUAAGGCUAAGUGAAGAAUUAAUAGAAAUAAAAAAAGUUAAACUUAAA